AUGGAUAGAAAGCUCUUUGAGUCUAGUUUUCAGAACACUAAAGAUCAUAUCCAGAAGCCUUACCAAACGCUCAGAAAAGGCUCCGAAGUGAAGACAUGUCCGGUAGACCCUUUGAUAGCCAAUAGCACCAAAUGGAUUCUAUUCAAGCCUAGUCAUGAAGCCCAUCUUACCAUGGUUUCUUUGGCCUUAGAAGAAGCAUAG